UUGCCUCCUCCCUUGAAGCGUGCACAGCAGCUACUACCUGUUGGAAAGAGAGGCCGAUCGAUCCAUCCUGUCAGCAGCCAUGACGAACGGCUACCUGUUCCGUGAGUACAUCGGCGCGCAGUCCACCGGCGUGCAGUUCUCCGACGUGCCCAUCAACGCCUUGCUCAGCUUCCACUUCAUCCUCUCCUUCGCCAUCGACUACACGCCGGUGGGGCAGCAGCCGAAGCCGGUGCCGACCAACGGCGUGUUCAGCCCGUUCUGGGACACUGGCAACCUGACCCCGGCCGCCGUGGCCGCCAUCAAGGCCGCGCACCCCAACGUCGCCGUCAUGGCGGGGCUCGGCGGCGACAGCGUGCAGGACAUCGUCAAGGCCGUCUUCACCCCGACCUCCGUCGACUCGUGGGUGGGCAACGCCGUGGCGUCGCUCACGGGCAUCAUCAACACGUACGGGCUCGACGGCGUGGACGUGGACUACGAGCACUUCGCCGACGGCGCCGACGUCGACACGUUCGUCGAGUGCAUCGGCCGACUCCUGACGCAGCUCAAGCAGAAGAUGCCCAACAUCGCCACCUCCAUCGCGCCGUUCGAGGACCCCGUGGUUCAGAAGUACUACCAGCCGCUCUGGAGCAAGUACUCCGGCGUCAUCGACUACGUCAACUUCCAGUUCUACGGCUACGGCGCCAACACCGACGUGCAGACGUACGUCAUGUUCUACAACAACCAGUCGGCGAACUACCCCGGCGGCAAGGUCCUCGCCAGCUUCAAGACCGGCAACGUCACCGGACUGCUCUCGCCGGAGCAGGGCAUCAGUGCGGCCAAGGAGCUGCAGCGGCAGAACAAGCUGCCCGGGCUGUUCAUCUGGUCAGCGGACAGCUCCAAGCAGAGCAGCUACGGCUUCAAGUACGAGACGGAGGCGCAGCAGAUCAUUGCCAACCACUGAUCUGCCGGAUCAGGACUUGGCUUAACAAGGGGUCACACUUUUUAUAUUACAAUAAAUAAAUAAUAAACCUCUCAGGUCAACAACAAUUACUUGCUGGUUAAAUUAAAGAGGUUGGUGUUGAUUCAAUGAUCAGAAUAAUGGUGACUGAAAAAAAUGCAAGUUUAAGGAACUUAAUAAGCUUGUUGUUUGCGUGCAGUAUUA